AUGGACCGACCGAUGAAACUACGGCACGCUCACUCGAUCGAUCCGCCCCCCCCCCGCACUCACAGGCUUCUCGGCGAGGGCGUGACGUCGCCGCCGGAGACGUCCAAACGCGUGCUCGUGCCUCUGUGCGGGAAGGCGCGUUCAUAUUUACACUGGUCCCCAUACGACCGCGUCGGCGUGGUGAACGCCGAUCCUUAA